AUGAGACCAGAGCUGCUACUUUGGGAGGCAGAAAACAAGGCAACUAUACGUUUUGACAAUUUUUUGGCUAAGAAUGCCAAACUUAGAGAAGAUGUUGAGACUCUGGAAAUUCAAAAAACUUUAUUUGAAAAACUUUCUAAGAAACUUAAAAGUAUGCUAUCCCAGCAGAGAAAGAACAUGGAAGAGGUUAUCACGCAGUCUGUGCAAGCAUAUGAACAAAGGGCUGAGGCUCAGGCUAGAAUUUUGGUUUUGAAAGAAAGAAAUUUGAAAGACCUUGUGCAGUUUGAUGCAGAAAUCAAAGAGCUGAAGCGCAUCAUUGACCAUGAAACCAAGCUUAUAACAUUCAUGCAGAUUAAACUAGCUGAACUUCCGACUGGUGAAGAAGAAGACACUCCCACCUUAGAAGGUGCAGACAGUAAAGCUAAGGACAGGGAUGAUGAAGAAACUCUGGAGAAUUAUCAGGGGAUUCUCACAGAAAUGGCUAAACUGACAGGCCAUAAGGAUGCUGAUGAUUUUAUAAACAAGCUCAUUGAGAAGGAACAGGAAAUUUUUGCUGGUUUCAGCUAUAUAAAUGAACUUAACAGUGAGGUGAAGGAUUUGUAUCAUGAAGUAGAACGCUUGGAGAAUGAAAUUUUGAAGUUACAGUCCAUACGAAAAUAUGCAGAAGAAGAAGUAUGUAGGAACAUCAAGGAAGUAGAGGAGAAGCUACAGAAAACUACAAAAGAUGCUGAUCUAGCUGAAAGUCACUAUAAUGAUGAACGUAAAAACUUGGAUCAUCUUAAGUUGAAGACAGAACUCUUGUUUAAAAACAUAAAGAGUGACUCAACUAACAUCACAAAUAAGCUAGGCUGCAGUAAUGGGGCAAUGGAUUCCAAUAUCUUGGAUUACUUAGAAUGUCAAAAGAGAAAGAUAAGGAUCAUAAGGAUCAUCGCCCUUUGGGGUUCAAAAAGUGUGAUAGGUGUAUGCAGAAAAUGUCUGUUACAGACAGCCACACCAGUUUUGUUUAUUGCCUUGGUGAAGCCCAUUUACAGAAACCCUGCGCCUUUUGUCACGCUUUUAGCGCUAGAGUUUUGA